AUGCAGCAGAAUGGAGUUCAGUUGGACCAGGUGACCUUUUCUUGUUGCAUCUGUCUGGAUCUCCUGAAGCAUCCUGUGACUAUUCCCUGUGGACACAGCUACUGCAUGAACUGUAUUAAAGCCCACUGGGAUAAAGAGGAUGAGAAGAAACUCUACAGCUGCCCUCAGUGUUGGAAGACCGUCACACCGAGGCCUGUCCUGGUGAAGAACACCAUGUUGGCAGAUUUAGUGGAGGAGAUGAAGAAGACUGGACUCCAAGCUGCUCCUGCUGAUCACUGCUAUGCUGGAGCUGAAGAUGUGGCCUGUGAUGUCUGCACUGGGAGGAGACUGAAGGCCUUUAAGUCCUGUCUGGUGUGUCUGGCUUCUUACUGUAAGAAACACCUCCAGCCUCAUUUGAAUUCUCCUGCCUUUGACAAUCACAAGCUGGUGGACCCCUCCAACAAGCUCCAGGAGAACAUCUGCUCUCGUCACGAUGAGUUGAUGAUGAUUUUUUGCCGAACUGAUCAGCAGUGCAUCUGUUAUCUCUGCUUAAUGGAUGAACACAAAGGCCAUGACACAGUCUCAGCUGCAGCAGAAAGGACCGAGAGGCAGAGAGAGCUGGAGGGGAGUCGACUAAACAUCCAGCAGAGACUCCAGAACAGGGAGAACAACCUGAAGCUGCUCCAUCAGGAGGUGGAGGCCAUCAACGUCUCUGCUGAUGAAACAGUGGAGCACAGUCAGCAGAUCUUCACUGAGCUGAUCCGUCUCAUGGAGAGAAGAAGCUCUGGUGUGAAGCAGCAGGUCAGAUCCCAGCAAAGAACUGAAUUGAGUCGAGUUAAAGAGCUUCAGGAGACGCUGGAGCAGGAGAUCACUGAGCUGAAGAAGAGCGACGCUGAGCUGGAGAAGAUCUCACAGACAGAGGAUCUCAACCAGUUUCUACUUAACUACCCCUCACUGUCACCCCUCAGUCACUCUAUAGACUCAUCCAGCAUCAACAUCCGUCCUCUGAGCUACUUUCAGGACGUGACAGACGCUGUUUCAGAAGUCAGAGAUGAACUACAGGACGUCCUGAGAGAGAAAUGGACAAAUAUCUUACUGAUGGUGACUGAAGUGGAUGUGUUGCUGCCACAAGCAGAGCCCAAGACCAGAGCUGGAUUCUUAAGGUAUGCAUGUGAAAUCACUCUGGAUCCAAACACAGCAAACCGGCAGCUGUCAUUAUCUGAUGGGAACAGAAAAGCAACAUUCAUGAAGGAACAUCAGUUUUAUUUUAGUCACCCAGACAGAUUCAAUGAAUGCUUACAGGUCCUGAGUAGAGAGAGUCUGACUGGACGUUGUUACUGGGAGGUGGAGUGGAGAGGAGGAGGAGUUGAAGUGGCCGUUGCCUACAAGGAUAUCAGCAGAAAAGGGCAAGGGGAUGAUUCCGGAUUUGGAUGGAAUGACAAAUCCUGGGCAUUCAGAUGUAAAAGUAAAUGUUGCAAUUUGUGGGUUAACAAAGUCCACACUCCCGCCUCAGCGCCUCAGUCCUCCAUUGUGGGAGUGUACCUGGAUCACAGAGCAGGUAUUCUGUCCUUCUACAGCGUCUCUGACACCAUGACUCUCCUCCACAGAGUCCAGACCACAUUCACUCAGCCUCUCUAUGCUGGACUUUGUCUUCUUUAUUCUUCUGGAAACAGUGCUGAGUUGUGUAAACUGAAAUAG